GCCCAGGAGCUUUGACAUCAUACUAAGCUCCUCCUUGCACGCGCACAUCACACACACACACACACACACACACACACACACACACACACACACACACACACACACACACACAAAUACAGACACACACAAAACGCUGUAUCCCUCUCCUCACGCUCUCCCCCAUCCCAUCUGCCCCGUACCUCCCCCUCCCUCGGCAAGUGAGUGUCCCGGGCGUAGCCACCUAGUCUGGCCAGAAGCGCAGCGCCUACUGCCCAUGGGAACCCACGCAUAACAGGAGCGACCUCCGCGUCUGCAGCGGGACCGAUAGUCCCAGCACCGAGGAUCUCCAGCACCCCACCCCCGCCCCGCUCGGCCGCGACAAGCAGAGCCGCCACCCCUUCCAAACCCGAGGACCCCGCCACCUCUAUGAGAGAAGGCGACACGGGGCAAAGGAACAGGACGCCUGGCAGCCGGACUCCCCCGCAAGUGCGCGGCGCCCGCUCCGCGACCGCGCCGCGAUCACCCGGGAAGCCCGAUGCCAGCGCCGCGCUUCGGCUGAGAGGGGACAGGGCGGGUUUCUCCCGCUCGUCCCGGAUCCGGUCUCCGCAGCGUCUGCGCGUCCCAGCCGGAGCUCCGCCGGCCAGGGAGUGAGUCGCAGCGACAGGAGAACCAGAGUGGCUGCCCGGGGUUGGCCGGGGCAGGGAAAGGAGGGACGGAGCGGGGGGAGGGCGCAGGGGGCGGGGAGGGGACCCCGGAGGAGAGAGAUGACAAUGUCUCUCAUCCAAGCGUGCCGCAGUCUGGCUCUCUCAACAUGGCUGCUUUCCUUUUGUUUCGUGCAUCUGCUCUGCCUGGACUUCACCGUGGCGGAGAAGGAGGAAUGGUACACCGCCUUCGUGAACAUCACCUAUUUGGAGCCCGAGCCCGGGGCCGCGGUGGCGGGCAGCGGUGGCGGCGCGGAGCUGCACACGGAGAAGAGCGAGUGCGGGCGAUACGGGGAGCACUCGCCCAAGCAGGACGCGCGCGGCGAGGUGGUCAUGGCCAGCUCGGCCCAAGACCGCCUGGCUUGCGACCCCAACACCAAGUUCGCCGCGCCGGCCCACGGCAAGCACUGGAUAGCCCUCAUCCCCAAGGGCAACUGCACGUACAGGGAUAAGAUCCGGAACGCGUUCCUGCAGAACGCCUCCGCUGUGGUCAUCUUUAACGUGGGCUCCAACACAAACGAGACCAUCACCAUGCCCCACGCAGGUGUGGAAGACAUCGUGGCUAUAAUGAUUCCUGAGCCCAAAGGGAAGGAGAUAGUGAGCCUGCUGGAAAGGAACAUCACCGUGACGAUGUACAUCACCAUCGGCACCCGGAACUUGCAAAAAUAUGUGAGCCGCACGUCGGUUGUGUUUGUCUCCAUCUCCUUCAUUGUCCUGAUGAUCAUUUCUCUGGCAUGGCUGGUCUUUUAUUAUAUCCAGAGGUUUCGGUAUGCAAAUGCCAGGGACAGGAACCAGUACACGAUAGCUACUGGUCAGGACUGGCAGCUUUACCGGCGCCGACUGGGAGAUGCAGCAAAGAAAGCCAUCAGCAAGCUCCAGGUCAGGACCAUCAGGAAGGGUGACAAGGAAACAGAGUCCGAUUUUGAUAACUGUGCAGUCUGCAUAGAGGGGUACAAGCCCAACGAUGUGGUCAGGAUCCUGCCCUGCCGGCAUCUUUUCCACAAGUCCUGUGUUGACCCCUGGCUUCUAGACCAUCGCACCUGCCCCAUGUGCAAGAUGAACAUUCUUAAGGCCCUAGGGAUCCCGCCCAAUGCUGACUGCAUGGAUGACUUGCCCAUUGAUUUUGAGGGCUCUCUAGGAGGCCCACCAACCAAUCAAAUCACAGGAGCCAGCGACACAACUGUCAAUGAGAGCUCUGUCACUCUGGACCCUGCUGUGCGGACAGUGGGAGCCCUGCAGGUGGUCCAGGACCCAGACCCUGCUCCUCAGGAGGGAGAAGCCAUCUUUACAACUAACAGUGGUCAAGAGCCAGCACUGAGCAGUGACUCUGACAUCUCAUUAAUUAUGGCACUGGAAGUGGGCCUGUCUGAUGUAGAACUUUCCACUGACCAAGACUGCGAGGAGGUGAAAUCUUGAGAUGGUAGAAAUGGACAAGAGAAGACAUAGGAACCAGGGGGACAGGAGGGAAGCAUGCUCCAAGGACUGAACUGGAUACACGACCUUCAGAUCACCAUGGCAACCCCAGGGCACUCUGUUCAAGGGUGGUAACGAAAGCAAUAUCCAAAGUCUCCCGAGUCAGGAUGCGGGUUCCCAUCUCUGCAACAACAGCCUGUGGCCUUGAUGUGGAAGUUGAAAGCUGAAUUUCUUGGUGUCUGUGUAGACGUGCAGCAGACUGGAAGGAGAACUCCACAGUUUCUUCACUUGACUUCAGCCUCUCCCAUCUUCUUGCUCUUGUUUGGGAAAAAUGGUUUCAUUCCCUUGGCGACUUCUUUUUAAAGUUGAUGUGUAGUUUACAUCGAUUGAUUCCCUCCGUUUUCCCUUUGAUCCACUCCAGCCCAUGUACAGAGGUCUGCUUAGAAGUUCUGGUUGCUGGCCCUGUGAUUGGUUUAUACCACGUCUUGAGAUUCAUAGUCGCGAGUUAUCAAUAUGACGUGUGUAUGACUUUGAGGAUUGCCUCGGCACCCUGAAACAGUGGAAAGGCAGAUUUUACCAAGUGUCUAAACCCCUCCAAUAGGUGGGCCUUGGCGAGCCCAGCUGCCAGACAGCCACACUAAGUUCUGGAUCUGCUGAGCUGCUUGCUGGCUAUUUUCCACUCCACUACAUAGGCUUCCACUUGCCACGCUCUGUCAGGGGCCAUCUUAGCAGGAGAGAACUGUCAGGGAGGAAUGCAGGUCCUCUGACUGGAGGGCCUUAGUCUAAAACUCAGAAUUCCCCAAAGGACACCAUGACAAAGUUCAGAGUAUGUGGAACUAUAAGCCUAGUUUAAAAAACAAACAAACAAAACAAAACCUGAUACCCUGUCUUCCCAGGAAGAUGCCUGACUCCCUGAUUUCCUCCAAAGCCUUAGCAGUUUAUCACCUUCAUAAAUGAAUUCCACGGGUACGAGGUAUAGAAAAGAUGAAAUCAGUUUUUAGGUCACUGGCAUCCAGGUGUAAGCUUAUUUCAGGAACUCUCCUGUUAACCCUCACCAGCCUACAUGGAAAGAUCUAAAUAAGUCCUUAACAGUUUCUCGGGUCUUCUGAGAGCAUUUGGGUAUCAAGAGGAGAACGAGGUAUGAUCUGAUAAAGUCUGAAUCAAAAUGUGCAUCAUGGGAAAUUGCUAAAUUGAGUCUCCUCUGAGAGUUAGAAUCAAAUAAGAUUACAAGGAAAAUAACAAAUGACUAUCAAAACCCACCGUACUAUAAAGUGGUUUACGAUUUUAUUCUCUUUUUGUCUGAAACAAUAACAAAAGUGUGCUGUCUUUUGAGUAGACAGUAUUGUGAUACAUGCAGCAAUUCCAGAGACAUAGGUGGCCACCUGUGUCCCUCUGGACAAUCAGAAGGAUCUCUUCCUCCUCCUCCUCCUCCUCCUCCUCCUCCCUAGCAGUUGGCAAGGUCAUACAGAGCAGGGAUUAUCAGGAAAGCAAGCUCUUCCCACUGAGCUGUAUUUAUGUAUUUGAUUUGAGCUUUUCCACCUCAUUACACUAAUAUCUUUCAAACAUUCGUGAGCUGUAAAUCCAUGCUGCCCACUGGAAUUUUGAGUCCAGGGCGAUGGAAUUCUCCACUGCUCCUUUUCCUUCCUUCCUUCCUUCCUUCCUCCCUCCCUCCCUCCCUCCCUCCCUCCCUCCCUCCCUUCCUUCCUUCCUUCCUUUCUUUCUACUUUUAAUGCAUUCCUAUUCGAUGGUAGAGAGCAAGGCAAGGAAAAUGAUAACAAGCUUCAGAAAAAUCACCUCUGUCAAAGGUCUAGCACAUCCCAUAAUUAAUGCCCGCCUCCAAGGCCUGAGAUGCUUCGUAGCGAGGAAGCAGGUGAGUGCUAAACCAGACUCUCUCCAAUGAAGUUUCGAAGAUGAGUCUCACUGUCCCCUCUGUCUCAGGUGACACAUCUGCACUUCUCCAGGGGGGAUCUGUGUUGUGAAAACAACUGAGUCACAAAGGAAAUUUUAAUAUUUAGUCUAAUGACAUUGGGGUAAUUCAACAACAAGAGAAAUACAAAAUUACAUUGCAUGACCAGACAGAAAAAGAUCUGGUAGGUGUUUUCUGGCCAGUGGCCAGGUAAACGCUGAUUAUAUAAGCAAGUCCUUGACCUAAUACCCUACAGGAUGCUAAGGAGCCCAAGAGGCCCACCCUUAGCCUGUUGAUCUGACUCCAAGGAGACCCUGUGGCAAACUCCCUGAGCCUUUGACAGUCUCUGCUUACCAAAGAGUUUUGAAGGGCUUCCCUGUGACCUUCAUGGCAAAAGAAAGAUUAAAAGAAAGUUUUUCCUCUUGAGAUAACUGGCAAAGCUCUUACUAUAGACAUUGCUGCUGCCUUCCGUGAUGAGGAGGCCCUGACCUGAGGACCCAGUGAGCCACACGUGGCUAUGCAGCCCAGGAGUGCCCACUGACUAUGCAUUUACAGGCAUGCAUUUUUCUGGAGCAAGUGGUGCACCAACUCUGUCCAACAGAAAUACAGCCCAAGUCACAUGCAUUUUUUUUUCUAACUCCCGAUAGCCACAUUUUAAGAAGCAAAAAGGAAACAGGUGGAAAUUAUUUAAUAGCAGUUUAAUCUAAUAUUAUUAUUGUUUUGAUGUGCAAAUGAUGUAGGGUGUCAGGAAAACAUUUUCCUCUAUUCUUUGUUACCUAUUCUAAAUCUGCUGUCUUUUACACGCCCAGCACAUCAUCAUUAUUACUAGCCACAGUUCAAGCUUUCCGUAGCCACAUGUGCCUAGUGGCCACCAGCCGGGCAGCACAGCCCAAGAAAUGUUCCAGAAUCCUUACAAGUGCUCUCCUGACUGUGACAGGAGAAAAAGGAUAAGAUUACCUCAGGUUUUCCCCAAAAGAAAAACAGACUUUAGCCAAGUUACCUAAGGAGACAGCCAGGGAUGUUCUUAUUCCAUAAGUAAUAGCGGUUCAAAUAGCCUUUAUCAACUUUCUAAACACAGUGUCCACUGUCCUCAGCAACUGUUGCUUCUCUGACGAGCUGUUUGUUAAAAAACAACAAGACAACCAACCAUGCUGAUUUGGUGCUGAAAUAAAAUUACACCCUCACUUUUAUGACAAACCCUGAGACUCAUGUGAGAGACUUACACCCCUCACUUCUAUGACUAAUCCCAAGACUCUUAAUGUGACACUUAGCCAAAGAGAAUUUACCUCAACCCAUAGUUCUUCAUCCCUGUGGCUGCCCCGUUCUAAAGCAGUAGAACUCAGAGACAGGAAAGGCGCAGGAAACCGCAGGCCGAGCCACAUACCCGGUCUGUGUGGCAUUGCCGAGAAAGGAUCUCUGAGCUUGUGGCCAUCCAGCCUCUAUGUGGUGAAUGGCGAGCAGCUUUCUCUUCAGCUUUGUCCAAGGUUGAGAGAGGAAAAGAGCCCUGAACUCCCUCAGAGUCACUUUCAGAAUGGCUUCCUCCUGCGUGGUUAAUCCUUCUAAAGGGCUGCUGCCUCCUAAGAACAGCCUUGGGUCUGGCAGGGCCUUCAAGGUCAGUUCUGGUCACACACCCAAGGGAUGGAUAUAGUAUGGAGACAGGAGAUGAUAAGGUAUCAGAGGCAAUCAGGCAGUGGUGGCUCACACCUUUGAACCCAGCACUCAGGCAGGUGGAUCUCAGUGAGUUUGAGGUCAGCCCGGUCUAUGAAGCAAGUUCUGGGACAGCUACAGAGACAAAUACUGGGUGGAGGCAGGGGCAGAGGUGGGGAGGAGUACCAGAGGCACCUAGCUAUUUCAACAUUGUGUGUGACAUCCUGGCCAUGGAAGCAAGUCUCUCUCCAGAGAUUUGUUGUUGUUGUUGUUGUUGUUGUUGUUGUUGUUGUUGUUGCUUUAACAUUUUCAUCUGUGGGUAUUCAAGGGUCUAGCCUGUUAAGAAUGGCUGUGCCCAGUGGCCAUUUUCUUUACAGCCCAGACAUUCCUGGGACUACAACACUUCCAGAACCAAAAGAGAACAUCAGUCUGCCUAAGAUUCUUGGUGUAAGCUUAGUUGGUGCUGAAGUAGAUUGCAUAAGCAUUUAAUGGCAUUUAGUUGUCCACUGAAUGCAUAUCCUUGGCUGAACACCAUGAAAAUUACCAAAUAAAAACUUUCAAAAAUUUUAGGAAAGAUCAUCAUGCAAUCUACAAAGAGAAGGUCCAGUCUCUGCAGUGCUGAGGUACUGAGGCCAGGGAGAUGAUGUCCUGUAGAAGAAAAAAAAAAAAAUUAAAUGUAUGAGUUGCUCUAUCUGCAUGUACACCUGCAAGCCAGAAGAGGGCAUCAGAUCCCAGAUACAGAUGGUUGUGAGUCCCCAGGUAGUUACUAGGAAUUGAACUCAGGACCUCUAGAAGAGCAGUCAGUGCUCUUAACCACUGAGCCAUUUCACCAGCCCCCAUAGCAUUCUUAAUUUCCCUUCCCUUCCUUGCACACACACACACACACACACACACACACACACACACACACACACACACACUUUCCCUAUCUUACACCCCAUUUCCUUAAACCCUGUUCCUUGGUCCCCUCCUAAUAGGCCACAUUCGCACAAGAGCAGGAUUUGCGUGACCUGUUUCUGCCAUCUUCCCAGGGUCCUUAACAUUUAGCAAGCCAUGCUUCUUGGAAAGAACGUACGGCAAAGAGGAGCAGAGGCACUGCCCUUCAAAGACUGGGCUGCCUGAUUUCCUGAGCAGUAUUUCUGUCCAUUUUGGGAGAGGACGGAGGAGCAGGGGUGAUGGCUGAAUUUCACAAGGGAAACGACCAGUACCCUGAAGGACAUCCACAGCAGGCAAGAUCCCAGAUCAAAGCAGGGUGAGCUAAGGAGAAAGUCUAUGUGGAAAACUGCCCCUCCCCUGGGCUCGGAACUUACCAAUGAGUCCCAGGGAGAGCAGGUGUUGAAGGGAGUCAAUAGUCAUGAGUUAAAACGUCUUGAUUGUGAAGAAGAUUGGGAUACUUGGCUCCCAACAGCAGGCCUUUCUCAGGAGGGUCAGACAGUGCUAGUUAAAAUCUUGUAGAUAGGGAACUAUUUUAUUCCACUGUGAGCUUCGUGGUGGCAUGGUGUUAUCAUCCCAUAACUAAUGAAGUGAAUGUAGAUCCCAGAUGUGGACUUUAAUUAAUUUAAUCAGUUCCUUGUUCUGUAAGAGCCUGUCUCACUCACUCACUCUCUCCCUGUCCUAUGUCCUUCAUAAUCAAAUGGCUUUUUCUUGAACCUCAGUGCCCAGAUCCUCUAAACUGGUGGCAUUACAGAUGCUCACCCUCACUGCAGAGCUGUUUGCUCUUUAGCCACUUGAUAUGUGUUCAUUGAUGAGGGGGAAGAGGAAGAAGAGGAAGAGGAGGAGGAGGAAGAAGAGGAAGAGGAGGAGGGGGGAAGGAGGAGGAUGUGGGAGUGUGCUUCUUGUAAGACCUCUAAAGAGGCAGACAGGAAAAUCUACAGAGAAAGGAGAGACAGUUGAGUGACCCAAAGUCAUUGCUGGGUAGAAAUUCUCUGGUGUGCGGUUCUUUGGCCAGCAGUGACCUUGGAGAAAAUGUGAGGACCGUGUGUGCUAAAUAAACCAAAGACUGAUCAACAUCCAAAUGGACACAUGUUCUUCUGUGAACUAGCUGAAUUGUCUCCUGAUGUUCUCACAAACAAAAGUCAAGGUGGAUCCCUUGGGCAUUUCAAUUUUUUCAGGCUGCUGGUUGGCCUCGAUAAAUCCACAAAUCUAAAACAAUGGACUGUGGCCUUAGUGACACACAUGCCAUCUUUAAACUUUCGUGUUUAACCCUCUUUACUUCAAAACUUCAGACAAAUCUAGCACUCAUAUUGAACUCAGAAUAGUUUUCUUUGAGAAUGUGAAGAUUUUAAAUAGCCAAAGAUUUCUUCAUGUAAGAGCUAGCCCAUUGUAGUGUAUCCUGCUCUUUGAAGUAAAUACCAAAUUGUCGCCUAUUAGGGACAGAGCAGUUGAAGGCCAGUGCAUGGGCUUAGCAAUCCAAAUUUGUGUUGCUGUCUUCCGAACCUGUCUGUAGAAUUUUAUUGCAAGGGUCAGAGCGCCCUCUGCUGGUCUGAUACUUUCAGCAAAUUAAUUUGCAGUGGGUUUCCAAGUCAACAAAUGUGUCUUGCAUUUUCAUCGGUACCAUUCCUUCAAUAGUGGAGAAUUUGGCCAGCAGUUAUCAAAUGAAGAGAGAAUGUCUUGAACUCUAGAGAGCUGUAGGAGACCUCAAAGCAGGCCUGUUUUAAAACGUUGCUGUGUUCUGUUGCUGUCUGGGAUGUGUGUUGUCAGCAUUGCUCUGUGUGGCUUUGGCUCAGCUCCGCUUCCUCCCACGAAAUCGAGAAGGAAGAUCAAUAAGAGGACUUCUUCUUCCGUGUGAAUGUAAAUGGUGUGAAAUAAAGCGUUUUGUAUGUGUGCAGAAUCAGUUUAGUUCCUGCCUUCAGCUUACUAAUAGGAAAUGAUUGUACCAUUUUAUAAUUAGGAAGAAAUUUAGAGGUGGAAGAGGGUGGGGAGGGAGUGUUAUUUUUAUAGUGGGAUGUCCGUUAUGUUUAGAAAACUUGAGAUAAAUUUUGUAUUUGUGAAGUUACAUUCCAUCCAUUCCAGGGUGGGGGUUCUUUAAAACUCUCCUUAGGUGGAAGGAAGAAUUUUCUCAUUUGCAGAAUAUCCGGAAUGCAUGUGUCGCCUUCCGUGGCAUGCACUUCUGUAACCUGCAGACCAUAACCAGCAAGUGUCUGUUUAAAAGCAGGAAGUAGAGCAGCAUUUUUUUAAAACUCUCUUUGUGUGACACAUUAUCUGUGAUUAAAAAAAAAACUACAAAGAUAAUGGAUCUGUAAGUCUGGAAUAAUCAGACAUGAUGUUAUAAGUCGGCCUCCAGCAUCACCAACCCCAUGAGCAAAGAGAAAACCCAGGCCUUUCUUUCUCCACCCUAGUGGGAAUUAUUAGCUUCUGUUGUCAAAGGGUGAUGCCACAGUCAGUAUUCCCUUGAGCUUGCCUAUGAUGUCAUUUUGGCUGGUCUGAGGGUGGAGUGAAAGAUAGGCCCAUCUCACCUGUAAUCUGAGAUAGGACAGUGAAGGCAACCCUGACCUCACUGCCUGCUGACCCACCAAUCACAAGAACUGGCUCUGGCUGGUUUUUGUCUGAGGGAAUUUUGGACUUGAAGUUUGGUUCACUUUUCUUGUGCUGAAAUAUGGUGGUAGUGCGUUCUACAGCCACGCUGUGAAGACAUCACUUCCCCUCGGAGUCCCCUGAGUAUUUACAAGCCUCAGCAGGGCAGCAUAGCUAUGUUCUGUUUGCCGUUUGUUGGUUUGCUUCUGUAUAGGUCUCUUUCCUUCCUCCCAGCCCCAGAUGCCUACCCGACUCUUUUAAAGCACUUUAUAUCUCUUUAAAUACAAAGGAAAUUGGAAGGAAAAAAAAAACCCUAUGACUUUAAAGGAACCCAUCUUCUGUUAGGAAAUACAGACUUUAUUUUGCUUUGUUGUCUUCUUGGUGUGCUUGGAGAACAUCCACAGUUUAUGUGGUCCUGGGCGCGUGAUGAAAUGGUUAAGGAUGAGAGCUGGAGACAUUCAAUCAGACGUGACUAUUUUCAUUAUAUUAAAGAUUCUAAUGUAAAUAAAUGCAACUGUGUUCUGACCUAUGGGUCAAAAGAUAUAGCAAACUAUAAAGAUUUCAACACAGGAUUGUGACUUUCAGGAAAGUUUUGUUUUGUUUUGUUUUGUUUUUUAAUAAAAUGGAAACAGAUUUUGUGUUGUGCCA